AUGGGUCCUCCAGUGGAGGAGGCCGGCUGGCUAAGAAAGGACCAGGCUCAAGGCCUUCAGACGGCAGACGCACCCCCCAUGGCAGAUGGCAGGGUAGACAAGAGCAGUGCGCCAGAUGAGUCUAACCGCAGCCACACCCCGAGCAUACAUAAUCCGGAAGGACUGGAGUUUCAAGACACUCCCGGGUCCCAUGGAACAGCAGACACUGAAGCACAGCGUCGCCCCCCGCAGGGAGUUCCAUCCGAGUUCCACGGGCUCGCGGGUGAAAUGGUAUUCAUAUUGCUGUGCUCUAUGGGUUUGUUUCUAUUCGGUCUGUUCCUGGGAAACGUCGUGAUUAAUCAAGCCGUGUUCCCCGGCAAGCUCGGAGUGAGCGAAAGCAACACCCCAUGGCUCAUUGGAUCUUUUUUGCUACCCAACGGGAUAGCCGUCAUUAUAUCAGGGUCGCUGGCCGAUCUGUCCGACCCGAAGAUCCUGAUGAUUAUCGGCUUUGUCUGGCUCGUGAUCUGGAAUGUGAUUGGGGUGUUUAGUAUCCGUCCGUCGCUUCCAGUGCUGUUUUUCGUGGUCAGGGCUAUGCAAGGGUUAGCUAUUGGAGUUCUGCAGGCGACAUCCAUGAGUCUGCUCGGGCGAGUUUACUCCCCCGGUAUACGCAAGACGCGGGUCUUUUCUGUCAUGUCUGCAACAGUUCCCAUAGGAUUCUUGAUCGGGUGUCUGCAAGGAGGGGCUCUCACCGCACACCUGCCGUGGAUAUUCGGGAGCAAUGCCAUAGUGAGCUUUAUCUGUGCAGUGGCUUCCCUCCCUGGUAUUCCCUCAUUUAACCCCAAGUACAGCCCCUCCGGCACACCGUUAUCUCUCAAGGACUUUGAUACACUAGGCGCCCUGUUGGCUGCUAUCGGUUGCGGCCUGAUUAUCCUCGGCCUAACACAAGGCGUCCCCAGUGGCUGGAGCCCCUACACGUACUCACUAAUCAUUGUCGGAGUGCUCUUUCUCUUGCUGUUCUACCUGGCCGAAAGACGAGCGACUCGACCUUUGGUUGAUAACCGGCUCUGGCUCACUCCCGGGUUCCUCCCACUGGCCAUUUCCUAUUUCCUAGGAUACGGAGCAUAUGUUGGCGGAUGGAUGUUCUUCGCCGUGCGGUUCCUACUUACAAUUCAGGAUCACGCUCCCAUCACCGUUGCACUUUACUUUAUCCCCAACAUGAUCUGCGGCAUUCUAGCCACAUACAUCGUAUCGAAAACCCUUCAUUUGUUCCCCGGCCACUGGAUCCUAAUCGCCGGUAUGGUGGCAAACACAAUGGGUCCUGUGUUUUUCAUCCCGCAAACUCCAAACACAACAUACUGGGCUCUCUCCAUGCCCGGGAUUGCCCUCGUUACGUUCGGGCCGGAUCUGACCUUUGCCGCUGCGUCGAUUUUCAUCACAUCCAACGUGCCCCGCUCAUUCCAGGGAUCAGCGGGGAGUCUCCUUGUGACGAUCCAGAAUCUCUCCGCAGCCAUUGUGACGGCGAUUGGAGACACAAUCGGGAAGGAAGUGACCAAAGCUGGCGGCGAUGGGUAUAGUUUGGACUUGGGCGCUUUGCGGGCAAUUUGGUGGUUUAGUUUGGCGAUUUCCCUGGCGGCGGCGGCGGUGUGUGCUGGAUUUGUUCGCAUUCCAAAGAGCGAGGAGAAGGAUCACCUAGAGUGA